AUGCCGCUCCACUUGCUGGGAAAAAAGUCGUGGAAUGUCUACAAUGCCGACAAUAUCGCCCGCGUUCGGAGAGACGAAGCGGCCGCCAAGGCUGCGGAGGAAGAAGAAGAGCGGCGCAUGCAAGAAGUCGAUGCUCAGAGGCGACUGGCAAUCCUACGCGGCGAAUCGCCUCCCCCGAUAGAAGAUGAACGAGACGCCGAACCAGAAAAGACACAGGGCGCUCCCGGUAGCGCGCGAUCAAGAUUCCCUGGUCAGGGCCGCAAGAGGAAGCGGCCAGGGGAGGACGACACCGAGUUCGAGCUGCGUUUGGCGCAAGAGAGGAACAACGCAACAUACUCAGUUGUCGAAUCCAGUCGUAAGCCAGCGAGCUCGGCUCCAAUUGUCGAUAGCGCUGGACACAUUGAUCUCUUUGGCGACGAACGAGCCAGGGCGCAUGCAGAGAGGAACGAAGAGGCGGAAGCCGAAAAGAAAAAGAAGGAAAAGGAGUAUGAAGAUCAGUACACUAUGCGAUUUUCCAACGCGGCUGGUAGAGAUGGCAUCAGCAAGCCCUGGUAUUCACAGCGCGAAGGAGUCGCUCCAGACGCUUCGUCCAAAGACGUCUGGGGCAAUAACGACCCCGAUCGCAAGACUCGCGAUACUCAGCGAAUCAAUUCCAAUGAUCCAUUAGCUAGAGAGACGAGGAACUCAGACAACUGCGUAAAGAAGAACAUCGCGACAGACAUGGGCACCGACAUAGAGGGAGAGAAGGGCGAGAAGGAAGAAAUAAUUCAGAUUCCAGAAGGCGUGAUUCAAGUAGAGGGCGGCAUAAAGAUCGGGACUCGGAGAGACGUGAGCGUCACGAUGAUCACCGUGAGAGGAGACGGCACAAGGAAGAGGAGCGGCGAAGGCGGCAUGGAGACUCGCGCUCACGCUCCCCGGACAGGAGGCGACACCGGCACCGGCGCGAUGAAAGAUGAGAAGUGGAUAAUGAACUUUGUAUUAUAA